CGCUGCGGCGGGCACAGCCGGAGGGCGCUCCCCGUUGGCGCACAGCGGCGGCGUUGGAGGCUCUUCCCGGGCAGCUCUCAGGGACCCGCGCAGGGCCAGGCGCUCCUCCCUUGGGGUCGGCGUGCCCAGCAGCAUGGGGAAGCAGAACAGCAAACUGCGCCCCGAGAUGCUCCAGGACCUGCGGGAAAACACCGAGUUCUCCGACCUGGAGCUGCAGGGCUGGUACAAGGGCUUCCUGAAGGACUGUCCCUCGGGCAUCCUCAACGUGGAGGAGUUCAAGAAGAUCUACGCCAACUUCUUCCCCUACGGCGACGCCUCCAAGUUUGCUGAGCACGUCUUCCGCACCUUCGACACCAACGGCGACGGCACCAUCGACUUCCGAGAGUUCAUCAUUGCGCUGAGCGUCACCUCCCGCGGGAAGCUGGAGCAGAAGCUCAUGUGGGCCUUCAGCAUGUACGACCUGGAUGGCAACGGCUACAUCAGCCGGGAGGAGAUGCUGGAGAUCGUGCAGGCCAUCUACAAAAUGGUCUCCUCCGUCAUGAAUAUGCCUGAAGAUGAAUCGACUCCGGAGAAAAGAACGGAAAAAAUCUUCCGACAGAUGGAUACUAAUAACGAUGGCAAACUGUCCCUGGAGGAGUUCAUCAAAGGUGCCAAGAGCGAUCCGUCCAUCGUGCGCCUGCUGCAGUGUGACCCCAGCGGUGCCGGGCAGCUCUGAGCCCCCCCACGGUCCCCACAGCC